GCGAGCGGGACAGCGAGCUCGGCACUCGGGCGAGCGUGAGAGACGGGGCCACAGCCAUGCUCUCGCCUCCGGGCCAGCUCCUGCGCCUCCUGCGCCGAGCCCUGACAGCCCUCUGGAGCGCCCUGGCGUCCACCUGGCUCUGGCGGGCGCCCUCGGGGGCAGUCGCGAAGGAAAGCGCCGCCACGCCGCCGGCCGUGCCGCUCAGCGUCAACUACCACUUCACUCGCCAGUGCAACUACAAGUGCGGGUUCUGCUUCCACACCGCCAAGAGCUCCUUCGUGUUGCCCCUUGAGGAAGCCAAGAGGGGGCUCCGCUUGCUCCAGCAGGCGGGUAUGGAAAAAAUAAACUUUUCAGGAGGAGAGCCCUUUCUGCAAGAAAGAGGAGAAUUUGUUGGAAAACUGGUCCAAUUUUGCAAACAGGAGCUGAAGCUGCCGAGUGUUAGCAUUGUGAGCAAUGGCAGUAUGAUUAAAGAACGAUGGUUCAAACGCUACGGGCAAUACCUAGACAUUCUGGCUGUGUCUUGUGAUAGUUUCUGUGAAGAAGUCAAUGUUUUAAUUGGCCGCGGGCAAGGGAAGAAAAAUCAUGUUGAAAAUCUCCAAAAAUUGAAGAAAUGGUGCCAAGUGUAUGGUGUGGCUUUCAAAAUAAACUCAGUGAUCAACAGAUUUAACAUGGAAGAGGAUAUGAAUGAGCAGAUCAAAGCUCUAAAUCCUGUCCGCUGGAAGGUAUUCCAGUGCCUGCUCAUUGAAGGAGAAAAUACAGGAGCUGAUGCUUUGAGAGAAGCCGAAAGAUUUGUCAUCAGUGAUGAAGAUUUUGAGCGAUUCCUACAUCACCAUAAAGAUGUCUCCUGUUUAGUGCCUGAAUCUAAUCAAAAAAUGAGAGAUUCAUACUUAAUUCUGGAUGAAUACAUGAGGUUUCUAAACUGUACAGGUGGCCGGAAAGAGCCUUCCCGAUCUAUUCUGGAUGUUGGUGUAGAAGAAGCAAUAAAAUUCAGUGGCUUUGAUGAAAAGAUGUUUUUCAGAAGAGGAGGACGAUAUGUCUGGAGCAAAGCAGAUAUGGCACUGGAAUGGUGACCAGCCCUACUUACUCUCUCCAUGUGUUGUGCACUGAAAAGAUAAACAGUACCCAUCUGGUUCCAUUCGUUAGCGAAAAACACACCCAGGUUUUUUUUAGAGAGAGUUUGCUCUGCGUCUUAGCUGUUAAAGGUGUGUGGCAAUAUUCCAAUGAAGGUUGCUUAUUACAGGCAAAAGAGUAAGCACACAUUUGGGAAUUCCUAUAUAUUUAAAUAAUAUAUUGCACCAGCCACCUAUACAAAACUGAAUUCAAGCCUCCAGUUGGUUUGCUGGAGGGAAAUACCUCAUAAGAACUGUACUAGAUCAGACAAAGGAUGUUUCCUGUCUGGGAUUCUGUUCACAAAGUGGCUGCCCAGCUGCUAAAGAACCAAGUGAAUUUGCAGCAGCAAAGUCUUUUUCCUCGUGACUUAGUCCUGUAGAAAUGCAUUUUGAACUGGCGGUACCUAAUACCAGUGAGACUUAAACACAUAAAGAGGGAAAGAGAUAACUGAUGAAGAUGUGAGUACCCAGGUACUUUUUAAUAAGGAUUUAUCCAAUGAUUCAGGAUAAAUAUUGUUAAGCAAAUGGAAGAUAAUGGUGGGACAAUAGACGUGGCUACCAAUUGAGCAUUACUAAAUCAUCAAGAAUAAAAAGGCUGUCUUCAGUGAACAUACUGGGCCAGUGGAUGAAGGGUUGAAAAGCAGCAAAGCUGGAACAGGCUAACACCCCAGCCCUUGCUGAUACAGCUUUGGAACUGUACUUCCUGUGGAAAAGCUUACAGAACAAAUAAAUGCCACACACUAUUUUUUACACAGGGAUUCUACAUAAAUUGAAUAUAUCAGCCACCUGAUCUUUCAACUGAUUUUGUAUUUGUAUCACUUAGAGCACAUGGGAAUUCUGACAUGCUUUAAAACCUGCAGGUUUGUUACGUCAAGACACUGUGUUAAUAUAUUUGGAGUGUUGUAAUAUUUAUUCUUUUACUUGUGUAGUCAAGAGUAGGCAGCUUUUGAAGUCCGGGCCCCCUCAUCAGUCACAUUCUGCCCCCCACUGAUAGCCACUAAAUCACCUGUGGUAAUUUGUGGUAGCAACACAAACACAAGAGAUUGUACACGAAAAUAAGGGAUUUGCACACUACCUUGCAAAACCGCCUCUUUAUUGGUGGUGCUGUGGGGACAGAAAAGCUGGCAUGGAGGAGAGGGCAUGUAACUAAAACAGCAGAGGUGGCUGCAUGUGGCUGACAGGCCAUGUGUUGUCCACGCCUGUGUACUAUAUAGAAAGAUGUAUGCCCCUGGCCUCUUACUUGCGGGUACAUCUUACUGAAAGAUUGUAAGUGACUAGCUGAACAAUCUAAUAAUUGUUUACACACACGCACACAUAUUUAAAUCCAGAUUUAUAUAUGGACACUUAUGUAACUGUAGGUCCAUUUGUUUUUAAUUCAAGCAUAUAUUUGUAAGGAUAUAUAUAUAAUAAAAAUAAAUAAUUAAGAAGUGCUAUUAAAAUAUUCUGCUCUUUCUUUGAUAAGGUUUGCAUUUAGACACCCCAGAUUUCAGGUAGAUAUAAAUGAACUGUUUGUUACAGACACCUGGUGCAGCUUUGUGGUUAUGCUUGGUCCAUUUAUAGGCAAGCCUGUAGGCUAAUGAGCCUCACACUCAUUUCAUCUCAGUUUUAUUUCUCCUCCUUCAUUUGUCUGGGUAAAGCCUAAAGAAGGGAUCCUGUAAGAAUAAAUGCCAGUGACUUCACCCAGGGAGGAAAUGGAGGCUAUAGGGGUUACCAUCUUGUCUUUAUAGCUUGCAGAUGUCACCUGCAAACUACUUUUAAUGGAGGUUUCACCCAUUGGAGCAAGAGGGAAAUAUCAUUUACAGGGGGGAACCUGCAAGCCAAGAAACACUUCUCCCACCCAUCAGAGAGUCCACCCUGUCUGUGUUCCAUGCCCUUCUUGGUAGAUAGAUUGAAGUAUGGUUUUGCCAAAAUAAUUCUGCACUUAAGUGCUAUUUGUUUUAGAGGGUAAAUGGAAUGUUUUCAAAGUUUCAUCUUCCAAAUGACAACUAAUUGAAACAACCCUGCUAAAUAAAACCGUUAGCUACAA